UAUUUUCGAUGGCGGUACUACCAUCGUCUACGAAUUAUCCUUCCACAUAUAAGGUAUCUGACUUCACCACCAUGUCUAAUUCUAUUGUGGGUGAAGUUUACCAGCAUGUCAUUCUUGAUGUAAUUGCGAAUUCAAGAACAGAUUUUGAGGAAAACGGUGUUGAUGAAGCCACUCUUCAAGAAUUGCAAAAUUUAUGGCAAGGAAAGCUAGUCGCUACAAAUGUCGCAACUUUUCCAUGGGCUCAAGCCCCAGUUGGAGCGUUUCCUAUCGGUCAACUUUUUGAUCCCGUUACUGGUUUACGGACUGAUUCUUUAGAUGUUGCAGCUGCAGCUGCAGCUGGCGCGACGAAUUCACCUAUUUUGAAUAAUAUAGCCGCCAUACGAGCAGUCCAACAAAUGGAUUCAUUGGCUCAGCAACAUGGUGGUUCUCCUUUUUAUCCUUCUCCUAGUUCUGCAGGUUUAAAUCAAACAACUCAACCUGAUGCUUCUACAGAAGGAUCGUCGCUUUCUGAUAUUCCAAAUAAUAUCAACACCCCUUUUACAUCUUUUAACAAAAACACAUCUCUACAGUUACCGUCCAAUCCCAAUUCUGAUAACCCGCCUAAUAAUUUGUCCUCAAGUGUUAUGCCUCCUUCUUCUGACAGGGCAGUUCCCCAAGAUCCAAAUUUAUCUAAUAAUAACGCAUUUGGCGGGCUUUUAUUACCUAAUCAGAAUUCUGUAAAAAAUGAGUCGCCUGAGUCAUUACAGCAGCCGGGACCUUCAGAACAGUCUGAGAAACAAGACAUACCACAGUCAGAUGGUACUCUACUAGAGGAUGAUACAGAAGAGCAUAUAAUUUCAGAAAAUAGCAAGUAUGAAUUGGCUCACGAUGCAGACAAAAGGAUAAAGGAGAUGCUUGCUAAUAAUCGGGUAUUGCAGAUAGAUGGUACUUUUGAUGAUAAUGAGGAGGAAAAAAAGACAAGUCCUGGCACUCCUUCCGAUGAAGCCAUCAAUUCCGAUCUUGAUGACCCUGAUUCUGAUGAGGCUCCAGAAGCCGAUGAGGGAUCAGACGUAGGACAAGCAAUAGUACUUUGUUUAUACGAUAAGGUAAAUCACCACAAAAACAAAUGGAAAUGUGUUUUUAGAGACGGUAUUGUCGGCGUGAAUGGGAAGGAUUACUUAUUUUUUAAAGCUAAUGGAGAAUUUGAAUGGAUUUAAGAUCCUUUGUUAGUGCUUAUCUAUGAUAUGUUUUCUUGUUCGCAAUGCUCAUUUGAAUUUCUGAAAUUGUAUUGCGAACUGUAUAUGAAUUUGUGUCUAUGAAUUGCCUCAUAUUGCAUUUUAAAGGUUUAAUAAUAAAUGAAUUUUUUGUCAAUUAGAAGUUUAUAAAGGUUUAAAUAUUAUCCGCAAGUCGAGAACAGGGAAGCAUUGAUACUCGUAAACAUAAUAUUAUUCAUUCAAAGACCAAAAGUAAGGUUGUAAUCUA